GAAGAGGCACCCCUGGUGCUGGCGUCCGGCCGCGCUGACGUGGGGAAGGUCUGGGAGCGUCCGCCGUGCCCUGCCUUGCCCUGCCCUGCUGUGUCCAUGGACUAGCCGAGGCAGUGGAGGGACCACCGGUUACGCUGCUUGCCGCCUCGCCCUCCACCCAACUUGGCGAAACUUAGCGAGCAGGCUGCUGCCCCUGGCACACUGCUAUAGAAGAUGCACUAUUACCGAUACUCUAAUGCGGAAGUCAGCUGUUGGUAUAAAUACCUGCUCUUCAGCUACAAUAUUGUCUUCUGGCUAGCUGGAGUGGCCUUCCUUGCAGCUGGUCUGUGGGCAUGGAGUGAAAAGGGUGUAUUGUCUGAUCUGACAAAGGUGACUGGUCUUCAUGGUCUGGACCCAGUGGUGCUUGUCUUAGUGGUGGGAAUAGUGAUGUUUACUUUAGGAUUUGCUGGUUGUGUUGGAGCAUUGAGAGAGAAUAUCUGCCUUCUGAAGUUUUUCUGUGGAGCUAUUGUGUUUAUAUUCCUGCUGGAGCUGGCAGUGGCAGUUCUGGCUUUCCUGUUCCAGGAUUGGGUGAGGGAUAGGGUCAAGGAAUUCUUUGAGAAUAACAUUAAGUCCUACCGAGAUGAUAUUGACCUCCAGAACCUCAUUGAUUCGCUACAGAAAAUUAACCAUUGCUGUGGUGCCCAAGGUCCAGAAGACUGGGACUUCAACAUAUACUUUAAUUGCAGCAGUGAAAGCAAAAGUCGUGAGAAGUGUGGCGUUCCUUUUUCCUGUUGUAUACCUGAUCCUGCUCAAAAGGUGGUGAAUACACAGUGUGGCUAUGACAUCAGAAAGAAGAGCAAGAGCGAAUGGGACGAUCAAAUUUUUGUCAAAGGAUGUAUUGUUGCUCUUGAAGCUUGGUUACCCAAAAAUAUCUACAUUGUUGCAGGUGUCUUCAUAGCUAUCUCAUUGCUACAGAUUUUUGGGAUUUUCUUAGCCAGGACAUUGAUUUCUGAUAUUGAAGCUGUAAAGGCAGGUAAUGCCUUCUGAAUACAAAAGCAGACACAUGCUGCAACGAAGUAUUUUACAGUUACUGAUCGGAUACCAAGAUGGAAGAAAUGCACAGACAGUGAAGUACUCUGUCAUUAAAAGCCUGACAUGGAUUUUACCUUCCUCAUGCUUUUUUUUAAAAGCUGGUACAAAAGAAAUAUCCACACAUGUGCACACACUCACCCUCCAACACAUGUCUACCUUUUCUCUAUUGAGACAUCUCAGUGCACCUGUGUUGAUCUCUGAGGAAGAAAUGGAACUUCACAAGACAUUGGUAAAACAGAUUUCAAAGAAUGUAGCAAGGAGACAUGAAACUGCUGUAAACUUUCCUUGAAGGAUUACUGUUACGACUGUUCUAUUUUUCACUCCCAACUGUCGUGAUUUUCAAAAUGUAAUCUUUACAGAAGGCACGUUGAUUUCUUU